AUGGCAGGAGGCGUAAAGAAGCCCGUCAACAUCUUCAAGCUCAAGGACCUGGGCGAGCCAGAGGGCGUCUUUAACUGGCGACUAUGGUUCUCGGUCAUUUCCUUUGCGCUCCUCGGCGCCGCCCGAGGUAUCGAUGAGGGUCUCAUCUCUGGAGCCUUCAACUCUGCCGACUUUAAGGAGACGAUCAACUAUGAGUCGUACUCGACUGUUGAGCAGGCCAACAUCAAGGCUAAUGUUUCUGCCAUGGUUCAGAUUGGUUCUGUUGGUGGUGCUCUCAUCGCUUUCGUUAUUUGUGAUCGUAUUGGACGUAUCUGGGCUACUCGAUUCCUCUGCACCAUCUGGGCUCUCGGUAUUGUCAUCUUCAUGGUCGGCGGUGUCAACGGUAACCUUGGAGCCAUCUAUGCUGGUCGCUUCAUCUGUGGUCUCGGUGUUGGUCAAACACCUGUCGUUGGACCCGUCUACAUCGCCGAAAUCGCCCCUGCCGCCGUCCGUGGUCUUUGCAGUUGCAUGUUCACCGGCGCUGUCUACAUCGGUAUCGUGCUCGCCUACUUCACCAACUAUGGCUGCGCCAUCAACCUCGACGAGCAUACCCACAACCGCUGGCUGGUUCCCACCUCCCUGCACAUCAUGAUGUCCGGCAUCAUCUUCAUCCUCAGCUUCUUCCAGUACGAGUCGCCUCGUUUCCUGGUAAAGCAGGGUAAGCCUGAUGAGGCUGCUCACGUCUUGGGUCGUCUUCGCCGACAGCCUCCUGAUGGCGAGUAUGUCGUUUCUCAGAUCAGCACGAUCCAGGCUGCUCUUGACCAUGAGCUUGAGGCUAGCCAGGGUGUUGGCUGGCUUGGAAAGAUCAAGGAGAUGUUCCUUGUUCCUAGCAACCUCUACCGUCUCUACCUCACCACCAUGGUUCAGUUCCUGUCUCAGUGGUCCGGUGCCGGCUCCAUCACUCUCUACGCUCCUGAUCUGUUCAAGAUUCUCGGCAUCACUGGCAGCGAAGAGUCUCUCCUCGUCACUGCCGUCUUUGGUAUCGUUAAGCUCACCGCCGCCAUCAUCUGCGCUCUCUUCCUCGUCGAUGUCAUCGGCAGAAAGCGCGCCCUCCUUACUGGUAUCACCCUCCAGACCAUCGCCAUGAUCUACGUCGCCGCCUUCCUCACCCGCAUCCCCCAGCUCGGUGUCGUCGAGGGCUUUGUCCUCCCCGACGCCGACAAGGGUGCCAGCCGCGGUGCCAUCGCCAUGAUCUACGUCUCCGGCUUCGGUUGGGCUCUCGGCUGGAACUCCAUGCAGUACCUCCUCACUGCUGAGCUGUUCCCUCUCCGUAUCCGAGCUCUCGCCACCUCGUGGGCCAUGACUCUACACUUUGCCAACCAAUACGGCAACUCCCGCGCCGUGCCCAACAUGCUCCUCCCCAAGUCUGACGGCGGCAUCUCCCCCAAUGGAACCUUCUGGUGCUUCGCCGCCGUCACCUUUGUCGGUGGUGUCUGGGUGUGGUUCUCCGUCCCCGAGACCAGCGGACGCAGCCUCGAGAGCAUGGAUCACCUGUUCGAGCUUCCCUGGUACAAGAUUGGUCUGUACGGAAACCGGGAUGCCGAUGAGAAGGAUAUCGCUCGGGAUGAGAAGCAGCGCAUUGCUGAGGAGACCAACGCUGUUGGUAUUGAGCUUGAGGAUAGACGCAAACAGAAUGUUUGA